UCCCGCUGCGUAACGUCUUAUCAGUGAUUCAGCGUCUGGUCGUUCAGUUCCGUAACCGCGGCGCUAUUUAAAGGGAAAGCAACAUGGCACGCGCUUCAGUCAAACAGGAAUCUGUCGACUGGGAGAUGCAGAAGUCAACAGAGCAAAACAAGACCUUUGUUUACACGAAGAAGAGGGGGUAUGAUGUUACACGCAACCCUCAUCUGAAUAAGGGCAUGGCGUUCUCCCUGGAGGAGCGCCUGCAACUGGGCAUUCAUGGCCUGUUGCCUCCCUGUUUCCUCAGCCAGGAUGUGCAACUAUUGCGGGUCCUCAGGAACUACGACCUGAAAAAAGAUGAUCUGGACCGAUACGUCUUUCUGAUGAGCCUCCAGGACCGUAAUGAGAAGCUGUUCUAUCGGGUCUUGACCUCAGACGUCGAGCGAUUCCUGCCCAUUGUGUACACACCUACCGUUGGCCUUGCAUGCCAGCAGUACGGCCUGGCGUUCAGGAGACCUCGAGGUCUUUUCAUUACCAUUCACGACCGCACACACAUCUCCACGCUGCUGCAGAGCUGGCCAGAGAAGGACGUCCGAGCCAUAGUUGUGACAGAUGGCGAGAGGAUUCUAGGCCUGGGGGAUCUGGGCUGUUAUGGAAUGGGAAUCCCUGUGGGUAAACUGGCCUUGUACACCGCCUGUGGCGGAAUGCCUCCUCAGCAGUGUCUGCCUGUCAUGUUGGAUGUGGGAACAGACAACGAGGAGCUCCUGAAGGACCCUCUGUACAUUGGUCUUAGGCAUAAAAGAGUACGUGGACAGGCUUACGAUGAACUGCUGGAUGAAUUUAUGGAGGCUGUAACAGACAGGUAUGGGAUGAAAUGCCUCAUCCAGUUUGAGGAUUUUGCCAACACCAACGCCUUCCGUCUUCUGAACAAAUACAGAAACAAGUACCUCACAUUCAACGAUGACAUUCAAGGAACUGCUGCAGUGGCUGUGGCCGGUCUGCUGGCUGCUCUUCGUAUCACCAAGAGCAAAAUGACAGACCAUACCAUUGUGUUUCAAGGUGCUGGAGAGGCUGCAAUGGGCAUAGCUGAGCUCAUCGUCAUGGCGAUGGAGAAGGAGGGGCUUCCUCAUGAGCAGUGUUUGAAAAAGAUCUGGAUGGUGGAUUCUAAAGGACUCGUCGUUAAGGGUCGGGAUAACCUCACCCAUGAGAAACAGAGGUUUGCACAUGAACAUGCACAAAUGCAAAAGCUUGAGGAUGUCGUGAAGGAACUGAAGCCUACUGCCAUAGUUGGGGUGGCGGCCAUCGCCGGGGCUUUCACAGAGGAGAUCAUUAAGACUAUGGCCAACAUUAACAAGAGACCAAUUAUCUUCGCUCUGAGCAACCCCACCAGCAAGGCAGAGUGCACCGCUGAGCAGUGUUACACGCUCACAGAGGGCAGGGGUAUAUUUGCUAGCGGGAGUCCAUUCGAUCCUGUAACUCUUCCAGAUGGGCGGAAGUUCUACCCCGGUCAGGGCAACAAUGCUUAUGUGUUUCCUGGAGUGGGACUAGCGGUCACCGCUUGCGAGAUAAGACAUAUUCCUGAGGAAGUGUUCCUUGUUACGGCUGAGACUAUUGCGGAACUUGUGACCGAGGAGCAUCUGGCAGAGGGACGUCUGUAUCCUCCUCUCUGCAAGAUUCAGGAGGUUUCCAUCAAGUUGGCUGUAAAGAUUGUGGAGUACACCUAUAAACACAAAAUGGCAACGCUGUACCCGGAGCCGCAGGAUAAAGAAGCUUUCAUCCGUUCGCUCGUGUACAGCACAGACUAUGAAGAAUUUGCGGUCGACACGUACAGAUGGCCUGAGAACGCCAUGAGCGUUCAGACCUGCAAACUCUGAUCACCCAACACUACAUACACAGACCACAGUCAGAUUUUAAGUCAAUGGGAUGUUUUUGUUUUUAAACAUGACCAUGUGAAAAUGUUUUUAACAUAAUUGCCUUUUGCAAACCAAAAGAUCUUGAAUAAAAAGUUAUUGAUGUA